CCAAAACAGGAAGCAGGAACGAGAAGAAAGGAAAGAGAGCAAAAGAGAAGAAGAAGCUGGGCGACGAAGCGAAAAAAAGCAUCGGUAGCUAGUUCGCCGGCGGCAAGCAUUACACACGGGAGGGGAAGAUGUUUAAAAUAUUUAAGGGACGGGAGAACUCCGGCGACGGGUCGCCGCAAUCCCCAAUGGUUUCUUCCUCGCCGUCGAUGUCGCAGCAGUCUCCGGUGACGGGGCCAGCGAGGCCGAUACGCCUCGUCUACUGCGACGAGAAGGGGAAGUUCAGGAUGGACCCGGAAGCAGUUGCCACGCUGCAGCUCGUCAAAGGCCCGAUUGGCGUGGUGUCCGUUUGUGGCCGCGCUCGGCAGGGGAAGAGCUUCAUCUUGAAUCAGCUCCUUGGGAGGAGUAGUGGAUUUCAAGUAGCUUCAACUCAUCGGCCAUGUACUAAAGGGCUCUGGUUGUGGAGUGCUCCCUUAAAGAGAACUGCUCUCGAUGGGACUGAGUAUAAUCUAUUACUCCUAGAUAGUGAAGGAAUUGAUGCUUAUGAUCAAACAGGAACAUACAGUACUCAGAUAUUCUCGUUGGCUGUACUCUUAUCUAGCAUGUUCAUCUAUAAUCAGAUGGGUGGCAUAGAUGAAGCUGCACUUGAUCGUCUCUCUCUUGUCACUCAAAUGACAAAACACAUUCGUGUGAGAGCUUCUGGUGGAAAAACUACUGCUUCGGAGAUUGGACAAUUUUCCCCAAUAUUCGUUUGGCUGCUAAGGGAUUUCUAUCUUGAUCUAGCAGAGGAUAAUCGGAAAAUAACUCCACGUGAUUACUUGGAGCUUGCUCUGAGACCUGUUCAGGGCAGUAAGAAAGAUAUAGGCGCUAAAAAUGAGAUUCGGGAUGCCAUUCGAGCCUUGUUCCCAGAUAGGGAAUGCUUCACACUUGUGAGGCCGCUGAACAAUGAAACUGAUCUCCAACGCAUGGAUCAAAUUUCGUUGGAAAGGUUAAGGCCUGAAUUUAGAUCUGGGCUGGAUGCGUUAACCAAGUUUGUUUUCGAGAAAACAAGGCCCAAGCAAGUUGGGGCUACUGUGAUGACGGGGCCUAUACUUGUUGGUGUAACAGAAUCUUAUUUGGAGGCCUUGAAUAAUGGUGCAGUUCCUACAAUAGCAUCUUCAUGGCAGAGCGUCGAAGAAGCUGAAUGUCGAAGAGCAUAUGAUACGGCAACAGAAACAUAUAUGUCCUCCUUUGACCGUUCAAAGCCACCUGAGGAAGGUUCUUUGAGAGAAGCCCAUGAAGUAGCGGUGCAGAAGUCUUUGGCUGUGUUCAAUGGUGCUGCUGUAGGGAUUGGGACUGUUCGAAAGAAAUAUGAAGAGCUUCUUCAGAAAUUCUUCAGAAAGGCAUUUGAGGAUUAUAAGAGGAAUGCAUUCAUGGAGGCAGACAUGCGUUGUUCAAGUACCAUCCAGAGCAUGGAAAAGAGGCUGAGGGCAGCUUGUCAUUCUUCUGAUGCAAAUUUAGAUAAAGUUGUGAAGGUUCUCGAUGUUCUCCUCUCUGAAUACGAGGCAUCAUGUCAUGGCCCUGGAAAAUGGCAGAAGUUAGCCGUGUUCCUUCAACAAAGGCCUUUCUUGCUAAUUCAGUUAGAUAGACAUACUUCAUUUGAACAAUUUCUUGCAACACUUUGCAGUUUGGAAGGGCCGAUACAUGACCUUGCAAAAAGGCUUGUUGAUCAAAUGGGCACAGAGAGGACUUCCCUCAUGCUGAAAUGUCGUUCAAUUGAGGACAAGAUGACAUUGCUGAACAAACAACUGGAAGCUAGUGAGGGUCAUAAAUCUGAGUAUAUGAGGCGCUAUAAUGAAGCCAUCAGUGAAAAGAAGCAGCUUGCUGAUGAUUAUUCAAAGCGGAUAUCUGACAUGCAGAGCGGCCGCAGCUCACUCGAAGAAAGGUGUUCUAGCUUAAGAAAGGCGUUGGAAUCUGCCAAGGAAGAGACAUCAGAAUGGAGAAGAAAGCACGAAUUGGUUAUGUCUAAGCAUAAAUCAGUUGAGGAUCAAAUAAACUCUGAAGUUGCAGUUCUGAAGUCAAGAAGCAGUGCUGCAGAAGCAAGAAUGGCUGCUGCUCAUGAACAGAUGAGAUCAGCUCAAGAAGAGGCUGCUGAGUGGAAACGGAAAUAUGACAUCACAGUACGAGAAACCAAAGCUGCUCUGGAGAAAGCUGCUGUGGUUCAAGAACGGUCAAGUAAAGACACUCAGUUGAGAGAAGAUGCUCUGAGGGAAGAGUUUUCAGGUGUUCUUGCUGACAAGGAUGAGGAAAUAAAGGAGAAGAGUUCAAAGAUAGAAUAUGCCGAGCAGCGCAUAACAACGUUGAACUUGGAAUUAAAGGCUGCAGAGUCAAGGAUAGAGAGUUACGAUGCAGAAGUCUCAUCGCUCAAACUUGAAAUCAAGACAUUGGCUGAAAGACUAGAGUCUGCAAUGGCCAAUGCCCAAUCUUAUGAAAAAGAAGCUAGGAUGUUGGAACAAGAGAAGAUACACAUAGAGCAAAGGUACCGUUCUGAGUUUGAGAGGUUUGCGGAAGUCCAAGAAAGGUGCACUCGGGCUGAAACAGAAUCCAAGAGGGCAGUUGAAGUUGCUGACAGAGCACGGACUGAUGCAGUCAAUGCACAAAGGGAGAAGAACGAGUUCCAGAAACUGGCAAUGGAGAGGCUGGCUCAAAUUGAGAGGGCCCAAAGGCAGAUCGAGAAUUUGGAGAGAGAAAGAGCCGAUUUGACAAAAGAACUCGAUACUGUUCGUGAUUCGGAGAUGAAGGCCCUAUCUACAGUUUCACAGCUAGAGGGCAGAGUUGACGAGCGGGAGAGAGAAAUCGAGGUAUUGCUGAAGUCGAACAAUGAAGAAAGAUCAACUAACGUUAAAGCCCUUAAAGGUCUUCUUGAAGAUGAAAGGAAAGCCCACAGUGCUGCUAACAAGAGGGCGGAAGAGCUCUCUCUUCAGUUGGAAGAGGCACGGGCAGAACUCGACUCGCUCCAACAGGAGCUGACUUCAGUUCGGUUGAACGAAUCAGCACUUGAUGGUAAGCUGAAGGCGGUUUCUCAUGGCAAGCGCGGUAGAAACGAGGAUGUGGAAAUGGGGUCGGUUCAAGACAUGGGAGGGACCGGUAGAAGAGCGAGUAAGAGGGCCAGGAGCACCACCAGUCCCAUGAAGUAUAGUACACCACCUCCAACAGCAGCAGAAGAUGGUGGUUCGAUGUUCAUGGGGGAAGAAGAAGAUGAUACCCAGAGUCAGCAGUCUGGUCAAGAGAACUACUUGAAGUUCACCAUUCAGAAACUGAAGGCCGAACUUACAAAGCACAAUUUUGGUGCCCAGCUACUUCAGUUGAAGAAUCCUAACAAAAAGGAUAUCGUUGCAUUGUAUGAGAAGUGCGUCCUGCAGAAGUCUUGAUCGCUGUAGUUGAGUUCUUGAGUUGUUUUCUUGUAUAUGAAAGGCUUUGUUUGCGGUGAAGUCGAUUUAGUCAGUACGAGAAGUGUGUGCUUAGGGAGGGUAAGGAAGUAGGGUUCAGUUCAUUGAUCUCUAUUUAUGGUUCGAGUGAGAUUUGCUUUGUGAUGUGGGGUUUUGGGUGUGUUUGCUUGAAUAUUUUGAUUUUGCUGCAGUUUGGGCGGACUUAGAUUUAGACUUCGAUUGUCUAACACGGACUUCUCGCUUUGUAACUAGUUUUGUGAAGUUUGGAGUUCUCGAAUUA